UUAUUUAGCUAAACAUGUACUUAUGAUGUAAUAAAUCCUAUAUAAUGUGUGGACUGGAGAAGCAUCGCGUCACUUCCACAGGACACCGUUAACGGAUGGAAACACGACAGAUGUAACAUUUUUAUUGUUUUGUCUUCUACCAUCCCCUGCGGCCCCCCAGGCGGCAGCCCUCGGCGGGGGCAGCGUCCGAGGAGGAUCCGCCCUGUUCCACACACACAAACGGACGGACGGAGGCAGCCCUCGCGGACCUCAGCUGCGGGGUGAGGAGGCUGCUGUUGCUGCUGCUCGCUCGGCGGAAGAUGGCGACCGUACGGAGGCUGCUGGGGACUCAUCGGAGCUGAUACCGGGGAGGAGACGAGCAGAGACACGCGCUCUGAGCCCAGAAAAGAACAGGUCCAAACCAACGACAAUAAUGUCCCAUCCCCCUGACAAUGAAGAUGGAUACUUGGUUGCUAUGGAUACAGAAGAGGAUGGAAUAGAUGCUUCUGGGAUAACGGAGGAAGCAGAUUUAAAGAUGGGGUCAUGUACACAAGAAGGCUGCGUGGACAGUGGUGCCAAAAGAGAAGGGAGAACAAUGGUGGAGCUGCCAGAAGAAGUUCUUGAGUAUAUUUUGUCUUUCCUAUCUCCAUACCAGGAGCACAAAACUGCUGCACUUGUGUGUAAGCAGUGGUAUCGUCUUAUUAAAGGUGUUGCCCAUCAGUGUUACCAUGGUUUCUUGAGAGCAGUCCAGGAGGGAAACAUCCAGUGGGAAAGUCGCACAUACCCAUACCCAGGAACCCCAAUUACUCAGCGAUUUUCACACAGUUCUUGUUAUUAUGACCUAAAUCAGUCCAUGUAUGUGUUUGGAGGCUGCACACAGAGUAGCUGCAAUGCUGCCUUCAAUGAUCUGUGGAGACUUGACCUCAACAGCAAAGAGUGGAUUCGCCCUUUAGCCUCAGGCUCCUAUCCAUCUCCUAAAGCUGGAGCGACUCUCGUGAUGCACAAAGAUCUAUUAGUGCUUUUCGGGGGGUGGACACGGCCCAGCCCUUAUCCUCUGCACCAACCAGAGAGGUUCUUUGAUGAGAUCCACACCUACUCCCCUUCAAAGAACUGGUGGAACUGCAUAGUAACAACACAUGGACCUCCGCCUAUGGCCGGCCACUCUUCAUCUGUAAUCAGAAACAACAUGGUGGUGUUUGGUGGAUCGCUGGGAGCUCGUCAAAUGAGUAAUGAAGUCUGGGUUCUGGAUCUGGAGCAGUGGACGUGGUCCAAACCCCCAGUAUCCGGUCCACUGCCCCACCCGCGUGGCGGCCAGUCGCAGAUUGUCAUUGACGAGAAGACGUUGUUGAUCUUGGGAGGCUGUGGCGGUCCUAAUGCACUUCUUAAAGACGCCUGGCUGCUCCACAUGGAUGGCCCCUCGUGGAGAUGGCAGCAGCUGCAGGUGGGAAAUGAGGACCACGGAGCUCCAGAGUUGUGGUGUCAUCCAGCCUGUAAGGUGGGUCAGUGCGUGGUGGUUUUCUCACAGGCUCCGUCGGGCCGUGCUCCCCUCAGCCCGAGCCUGAACUCCCGCCCCUCCCCCAUAAGUGCCACGCCCGCCCCCCUGGGCCCGGAGCCCCCCUCCCUGCGCUCCCAGUCUCCUGUUCGGAGCGGGGCUGCGGGUGUUGUCCUGGGAGCUGCAGAAGAAGCCCCGUGCGUCAACGGUCGAUGGGGCACCCUGAGGCCUCGGCCAUCGGCUCGUGGAGGCGCCCGAGACGGGAGCCCGUCUUCUUCCCAGCAGCCUUCGCCUUCACAAGGCCCGGAUAGUCCCCCCCUCCCCCCACUCCCUCCUUUAAUUAACGGCUCCUCCCCUUCUCCUCGGACCAGCCCGGCUCAGGCGGCGUCCCCUCCCUCCCGCCCUCACCUGGCUGCGCCCACAGACUAUGGCUGGGAGUCUCCCCCCUCUGCUGCUCAUCACCCCGAGUUUCCCAGCACUAAUGGCCUGCACACCCCCCCUUCAAGCUCCCCGCGCACACCCCCAGGAGCGGUGUCUCCCGCUGCCUUAAGACGAGGACUGGAGGCAGUGAAAAACAAGCCUUCCUCAUCAUUGCCGUCCUCGUCGUCGUCUUCCCUUCAGACACAGGGGACUUCUUCUGUCGGUGGGAGUGGUGGAGGCGGAACCGGUCCUCCAGGAACCCCGCCGUCAUCCUCCUCCAGCCCCCCACAAGCCGCUGGAGCCGAUGGACACGCUAUUCCGCCCAUAGCGCGACGCCUUGGCCACCACCCACCACAGAGCCUAAAUGUAGGAAAACCUUUGUACCAGUCUCUCAACUGCAAGCCCAUGCAGAUGUACGUCCUGGACGUGUCCCGGGCCAAGUCCGCCGGGGUCGUGUCCUGGAAGGUUUACGGGAACGGAACGCCGGCGGUGACCGGGCCUCCAGAGACCAGCCUGCACACCGUGGUGCAGGGCCGAGGAGAGCUCAUCAUUUUUGGAGGUUUAAUGGACAAAAAACAGAAUGUGAAGUACUACCCUAAAACCAAUGCCUUGUACUUUGUACGUGCUAAAAGGUAAUGCAGCUACAGGUCAGGUGUGACUGGAGAAACGGACACUUCGCCCUGUGACAACACAAGGGAACACAAAGGCCUUUUCCUGUAGGUAAAAAAUAAAAUCUAAAUGCUAAACGUUUCACUUAA